AUGGCCCAUAGAGGCCAGGGGGAAAGGCCGGCGGGAGGACCGUCAGGUUCUCCACCGCCCCGUCCGCCGAAAAUACCACCACCCACCUCGCCCCGUGGAACUUCAACGGCAACGACACCGGGCGAUGUGACUCCGGCCCGCGGACCUCCACCAACUCCGGCCACAAGGCGGGUUUCGAUAGGAAUGGGAACGGACAAGCCGGCUUCCGGCAAGGCUGCCAGUACCAUGGCGUCGCCAGCAACAGAUGCAGUAGCAUCAUCGCCAAAACCAUUAUCGCCGAAGAAAGAUCUUGGACCAUCACCACCAUCGCCACCUAAAUCAAGUCUUCGCGAUCCUGGCCCAUCAACAUCACCAGGAAAACCAUCCACACCACCUCGGACAAGUGUCCCGGAUUCCGAACCGGGACCAUCUACCAGAAUAUCCAUUCGGGAAGCAGGUCCAUCCUCGUCUCCCCGAGCUACUACCCCGGACUCGGCAGCUGUAUCCCCUCGGCGACCCAGCGUUGAUGCUGGCCGAAUAUCUUUUCAAGCAGGUCCGUCGACCUCCAAGGCUGUUAAGCUAGCCGCUGCUGGGGACAGUUCAUCCCAAAAUCCUGCAAAGGAAAAACUUAAAAUGUUUCGAAAAAAGAAAGGCGACGAGACAUCAGCGUCACCCCGUGGCCAACGGCCGGGUUCGCUCACGACACAUACAGCAAUGCAAAACAGGGCCAAGACCAACCGAAUCCUUUACACGACCGAUGAGGAGGUGCGCGAAGCCCUUGUGGAGUUUUCCGUUUUUAUCAUUUUUCUGAUCCUAACAUCUCUGGUCGUUCUCUCCGUCCGUCACUCGUAUAUGUUUUACUUCAACGACACAAUGAAGAAACUGUUUACUACUCGGGAAUUGGUGGUGGCACCUUCGGUCACGAUUUGCUUUGAGAAGCUGAUCACUGUGCCAGAUUGGUGGGACUAUCUGAUCUAUAACUUUCUGAUAACUCUUCACGGCGAUAUGACUUUUGGAGACGGUCUUCCAACGGAUAAUAAUACGAUAAAUGAUCAACCUCCGCCUCAAGAAGCACCUGUUGCGAAUGAGGAUUCGCCUGAUGAGUUGCCGGGCGAAUUGCCGGCGGAAAAUCCCGAAGAAUCCCCAGAGGCUGAGAGAUUGCAAGAGGGUAAUCCGUACAAUAUGGAUGGGCGUACUAGGUAUAUCCGGCAGGCGGAAUCAGAAGAGGGUUCACCCGGAGAUGACAGCGAAAGUGUUCAAAAUGAAGUUCCACCCUUAGAUCAUUUUCACAACAACAUGAGUUCACAUCAUUUGGAGGGACGUGUCUUUCUUUAUGAAAACCUGCUAUUGGGUCCGCCACGUCUUCGGCAAAUUCGAGUGAGGAAGGAUAGCUGCUACGUCAACGACGCCUUCAUCAGGUACUUCAACACCUGCUAUGCCGCCUAUUCCGCCGGAGCGGAGGAGCGCAAGGUGGUGCACAAGGGCUCACUAUAUCGGACGAUGAACGAACUGGAUUCUACGCCCAUUUGGACAGUGCUGGCUUUUUAUCGCACCGGUGGAUACACAGUAAACUUGGACUAUGAGAAGGACAAGAACCUGAAGAUCAUUAGGGACCUUAAGGAAGUUCACUGGCUCGAUCGGGGCUCACGACUCUGUUUGGUGGAGUUUAAUUUGUUUAAUGAAAACACGGACAUUUUCCAAAGCGUAAAGUUAAUAGCGGAAAUUCCGCCUACUGGUGGUGUUAUACCCCAGGCACAUCUGCAAACUGUAAAACAAUAUUCCUUCUUCACGGACCGCAGCAUGGUCAUGACUGUGAUCUAUAUUUUCUGGUAUAUUAUGGUCGUCUACUAUACCAUCUACGAAAUCACUGAAAUACGCAAAUCCGGAUUCAAAAACUACUUAUUCUCCAUGUUAAAUAUUCUGGAUUGUGUUAUAUUGCUGGGCUGUUACCUUGCCUUGAUGUACAAUAUUUGGCACACCUUCAAAGUUCGGUCCCUAACUGCCAAAGCCGAAGUGGAACUGACAUAUCAAAGCCUGGAUGUACUCUGUUUCUGGAACAUCAUCUACGUGGAUAUGAUGGCCAUUUUGGCCUUUCUUGUGUGGAUAAAGAUCUUCAAGUUCAUCAGUUUCAACAAGACUCUCGUGCAGUUUACUACGACUUUAAAAAGGUGCUCGAAAGACUUGGCUGGUUUCAGUCUAAUGUUUGGAAUUGUCUUCCUGGCCUAUGCCCAGUUGGGUCUUCUGCUAUUUGGCACCAAGCAUCCGGAUUUCCGUAACUUUAUUACCUCUAUUUUGACCAUGAUAAGAAUGAUCCUGGGCGACUUUCAGUACAACCUCAUUGAGCAAGCCAAUCGAGUUCUGGGUCCCAUUUACUUUCUCACCUACAUUCUGCUUGUGUUCUUCAUUUUGUUGAACAUGUUCCUCGCCAUUAUUAUGGAGACCUAUAACACAGUCAAAAGUGAGAUCACCCAGGGCCGCAGUCACUUGGGCUCCUAUAUUUAUAAGAAACUGGCUAACAUGCUCUACUGGAUAACCCAUUGUGGACGAAAGAGGCGACCUCAACCUCAAGCAUCUGAAGCGGAGGACAAGAAUGCGGAGCAAGAAGCCAAUGCCGCCCAGGAAGAGCCUCAGGAGAUGCGAAAGAACCUGACACCAGCAGAGCAACAGUAUUUCAAGGACAUUCCACCAGAAGAAAACCAUGACAUGGUUCGUCUCAACAAUCGUGUUGGUCUAUUAGAGGAAAUUCUGGAAAAGUUAAUCACCAAUAUGGAUGACAUUCUAAAACGCGUUGAGAAAGAACGCAAUACAAAGAAAAAAUAGGAAAACGUUAAUUUCCUUACCCCUAAUUACAUUCUUAAAUUUGUUUUUGUUACUGUUUAAAUUUAACUAAGACACCAGUUAAGAUUAAUUCCAAAUCUAUUAAACAAACAUUAAAGCUCA